GUUACAGAAUUGGUCUCCCAUGACCAGCAACAUGAUGAUUAAGAAAAGAAAAUUACCACCAAACUCAUCACCGUCAUCGUCCAAACCGAUCCCUCGUAAUAUAAUCAUAGCAAUAUUUUCAAAACUUCCCGUCAAAUCUCUAGUCAGAUUCAAAAGCUUAGCUAAAUUCUGCUCCGACAUUAUCACCGACCCAUCUUUCGCCGCCAUUCAUAAACCUAUUCACAUCCCUAAACCAGGCCUUCUCAUCACUUGCUCUACCAAACUCCAGUCAUCACAGAUGUUCUUCGUGGCGGACCAGAAUGGCGGCGCCGUCGCCAUCUGCCUGAAAGUCCCUCCACGGUUUUCACGCUACACUACACAGUCAACUAACGGUGUAGUCUGCAUGGAUUUUGGUAUCCGUGCCACAGUUUGCAAUCCUAGUACAGGACAAGCAGUUACUCUAAACGACAUCGUGCCGGUGAACUCACCUGUUGCCGCCUGUACUUCGUUCUGCGUAAACUUUAUAGGGUUUGACCCGAAAAACAAGCAAUACAAAGUUUUAAACUCAUGGGGUAAGUACAAAGAAUCAGACACUGUGUAUAGGGUUUACACUAUAAACGGUCCAAAAGAAUGGAGAAAAAUAGAAUAUAAAGGUCCUUCAUACUAUGCUCAACGCGAAUGUCUCUGCAUUAACGGUAUCAUUUUCUUCAGAGGAUGGCUCAGCUUAGGCUCGUACGAGGGAAUUGCAGUUCUCAUAUGUUUUAAUGUCGAAACGGAGAAAAUUCGAGCUAUUAAUUUACCGAGAGGCGCACCGAGUCAUGUCGAAACGUCGUGUUUGAUCCGAUUAGCAGGACGAUUAGCUAUAGUUGAUUAUCAAUUUAAAACCGAUGAUUAUUGCUUUUGGGUGCUGGAGGAUUUCGGGAGAGAGAUUUGGACACAACAUUCAAUUAAUUUUCCUAAAAUUUUGAAGCAAACGAGUUCGGGACAGAAUUAUGUUGUUGCUGGCUCGAUCGAUACGGGUGAGAUUAUGAUGGUGCCUCAGUGUUUAUGUACACCUUUUUUUGUGUACUAUUAUGAUUUAGUUAGAGCUAAAUUCAGAAGGGUUAAGGUAACUGGCCUGCCUGAAUAUGAUUCUUUUGAUUUGUCUAGUAAUUCUGUGUUUGUCACUAAUUAUGUCGAAAAUAUUCAGCCAUUACCAUAA